CACAAGUUGUACACCUGGGGCAGGCUAUUACCUACUACCUAGUACCUACCUAGUAGGUAGUACCUACUAGUAGCUAUGUACCUACGUAGAUGCUGCACAGUGUAUUCUACAUGCAUACAUUGAACUUUACAUCCUCAAAAUAGUUAACAUCUAUCAACACAAUUAUAUACUACAUACAUAACAACAACCUCAUCCCAUGUUGAAAUUCAUCCAAGUAUAAGAAACUCUUCAAAGCCUUUAAAGCAUGCCAACCUAAAUACCUAGUACCUAAUUGACAGGUACUCACUUACUACGCCAACCCAAACACAAUAUGGCCGAUUUCUUUCAAGAAUUCUUGAACCCGCCUAGUGCGGCAGAUCGUCGUCCAAACGAUCCUGUUGCCCUCGAAUAUCUUUCUACUCUGGCUUCUAUGCCCCUUUCUCAACUAGAUACCAUCGAACACCAAUCAUUGGCUCAGUCUUCUCACUCUCUCCUCUUAUCUCUUCAGUCGCUUUCCAAGCGCUCUCAUAAAUCUAUCAUCAGCUCCGCCCAAAAUCAUUCACAUCUUCGCACUGCGCUUCCCAUCCUAGCAGCCUCCAUCAAUGAUUUGACGACCGCCAUACCUAGGUUAGAUAAUGAGGCUGUUCACUUUUCAACCACCUAUCAUAAGUCUGGUGACAAUGAUAUACUUAAUGCUCGAAAGCGAGCCUUAUUGUUAUCGAGAAAUGUUGAACGCCUCGUCGAUGUCCUAGACCUCCCCGCCUUACUAUCCACUGCCAUCACCACCGGCUCUUCUGCCCCUGCCGCCAACUAUGCAUCUGCCCUAGAUCUCAAUAGUCACAUUCGUCGACUACAUAGCUUAUAUGCAGAUUCAUGUUUAGUCACCUCUGUAUCUACGCAAGCCGACGAGGCUAUGCAGGCUAUGGCCAAGAAUUUAAUAGCCAGCUUACGCACACCCGGUCUCAAACUUGCAUCUGCCUUGAGAACCAUCAGUUGGCUUCGGAGGGUGAUACCGGACCUAGACUCUACCGGUGUCACUGGCAAUGGUGGCGGGUUAGGGGCUCUGUUCCUUGUGUGCCGUCUAUCCACGUUAAUUAAUAUGCUUGCUGCCUUGGAACCACUUCGCGAACUGGCUGAGCAAGAAAGGAUCCGACAGCAGAAGAACCCACCUGGGAGCACAUGGUCUGGGGGCCAGCAGACAGAACGGUAUCUCAAGCGGUACAUAGAAAUUUUCAGAGAGCAAAGCUUUGCUAUCGUCUCUAUGUUUAGAAGUAUAUUUCCCGCGCCGGCAAGUGAGGCGGCUCCGAAGACAGAAGAUCCGGACCCUCUACAGCCCAUACCUUCUGCGGUAUCAACAUUCCCUUUUCAUCUAAUAGAGAUGUUGAUGGAGACAUUGCGAAUAUAUCUACCAUCUAUUAGAGAUCAGCCAUCCCGUGACAGUCUCCUGACACAGGUUCUCUACUGUGCCGGAAGUCUGGGGCGUCUUGGGGGAGAUUUUGGAGUUUUACUGGCCACUAUCGAUGCUGGUGAUGAGGCAGAGGAUGAGUGGGUGGAGGUAGUAAGACGGCAUCGACAUAUGGCUGGUCGACUAGAAUCGAUUGUCGGAGGCAAAGAAAAAGGCUCUCCAGAGCCCAUCAAGGCGUGAUGAUGAAGACGGGUUUAAGGGGGCAUGCAUAUAUCCAUAAUAUGUAGGUGUCUAUAACUAGGUAUGCUUGUAGGCCAUAUUGGCUCUCCUUGCUAUUACCCUUGUUCUUUUUUUUUGGGGGGGGGGGUUUGGUUUUUUUUAGUCUCUCACCGAUGACGUGAGGUGACUCGUCUCGUCUCUAUUUUGCUCGAUAUGUGCCUGCCUGCCCUAGGUACACAAUACCUGUUAGGCUUUCGAGACAUCAAUCAACUUAACAUUGAAAGCCGCCCCCCC